AUGGCGCAUGCUGCUACCGCCACCGUGCGCAGCGGUGCGGCAAAGGCCGCCGCCUGGGUGGCGACCAAGAGCAGCAGCGCCGCCCGCCGGACCCUGCCGCCGCCAAACUGCUUCCACGUCCGUAGCAGCACCGGCUGCAGCGGCACGCUGCCGCUGGCGCGCCAGCUGAGCCCCUGGUCUGGUGCCAGCCCGCAGGCGCAGGCGCUGGCAGCCACGCUGCAGUCGGCACAGAAGCAGCGGGAGCUGGCAGAGAGCACACUCAGCAGCCUGCACGCCACCGCCGCCGCCAAGGGCCCGUCACCGCCGCCCGGCGGGGCAUCCAGCGGCGGCAAGGAGAACGCGGCUGGCUUCCAGCGCGUGUCCCCCGGCCACUUUGUGCUGCAGCACCAGCACCCACAGCAGCAGUGGGGGCCCAGCGCCAGUGCCGUCCUCGCCGUGCCGGCCCGGGGGGCGGCGGCGCCGCUUGGAGAGGGAUGCGGGCAGGCGGCUGGCGCAGCCGCAUCCACGCCUGUGAGCCAGCAAGGCUCCCACGUCAGCUCUGUGCUGGUAGACCAGCUCAACUAUGCGCUGCGGGCCCUGGGCCACACCCCCAGCCAGCUGCCCCCACAGGCGCAGCAGCAGCAGCAGCAGGAGACCCCCACCUCACAGCCCCAGCACUCGUACCAGCAGGGGCAGCACGCCACAGCAGCACCUGCCGCCCCUGCUGCCGCCGCGCCUGCUGCUGGUGCUACGCCCGGAAACCCCAGUGCCAGCGCCACCCAGGCAUCCUCUGGCUGCACCGUGCCCGGCAGCGCUGCGCAGAGGCUGGCAGACCUUCAGCAGCGGCACUCUCAGCUGCUGGCAGACAUUGACUCAGCUGAGCAGCGCCGACAGGAGGCGGAGGCAGCUGCGUCGCGCGCCGAGGGCGAGGCCGGCGCAGCGGAGCAGCGCCUUGCGGCAGCCCAGCAGCAGGAGCGGGAGCGGGAGGCUGCACUGGCUGCGCUGGCAGCCGAGGAGGCGGCCGUGCAGCGCCGGCUGGGGCUGCUGCAGCAGGGCGUGCGGGAGCAGGAGGAGGCGGAGGCGGCGGCGCGGCAGGCGGCGCAGCGUGCGCAGCAGGAGGCGGCCGCCGCCGAGCAGCAGCUGAGCGCGGUCAGGUCUCGCCUGGGCGCGGUCGGUGGCGAGCUGGGGGCCACCGAGGAGAGGCUGGCGGAGAAGGCAGAGCGGCUGCGCGCCUCUCUGCAGCAGGAGGUGCAGCGCCAGCUCCAGGAGGCGCAGCUGCAGCUGGCGACCACAGCGGAGCGGCGGCACGAAGAGGAGCGAGGCACGGCGGCCGCAGCGCAGCAGCGCGAGCAGCAGGAGGAGCGCCUUCGCCAACUGGCCACCGACCUUGCGGCAGCUGAGGCGAAGCUGGGCAUCGUGGGGGCUCAGGCCGCCGAUGCCGAGACCGUGCUGACCAGCCGGCAGCGGCAGGUGGAGGCGGCUGGCGAGGAGCUGGCGGCGACGCAGGCAGAGGUGGAGGAGGCCAUCCGGCGGCAGACGGAGCUGGGCCAGCAGCUGUCCGGCCUGGAGCAGCGGCUUGCCGGCCAGCGGCAGGAGCUGGCACAUGUGGAGGCAGCGGCGGAUGCCGCGGAGCAGCACCUGCACUCCACCGAAGCUCUGCUGGCGGCGGCGCAGGAGGCGCUCGCAGAGGCGACAGCGGCGGCGGAGCGGCAGCAGCGGCGGCAGGGCGAGGCGGCCGUGGCCGGUGCAGCGGCAGAGGAGCGCCUCGCUGCGCUGCAGCAGCAGGUGGAAGGCGCAGACUCGCUGCUGGCGGCGCUCCAGACUGACGCGGCCAUGGCGGCGGCAGAGGCUGCCGCGCAGCGGGGUCAGGUCGAGCAGCUGACGGCGGCUGUCGUCGCCUCGCAGGAGAGGCUGCGGGAGUUGCAGGAAGGAGCUGCCGAGGCGGAGCAGCAGUACUCGGCCGCGACCCUGCAGCGCCAGCAGGCGGAGCAGGAGGCCGCCGCCUCGCAGCAGGCGGCCGAAGAGAGGUUGGCUGAGGUGCAGCGGCAGGCGGAGCAGGAGCUACAGCGCCUGGAGCAGUGGCAGGAAGAGUCGGCGGCAGCCGAGGGCCGCUUGGCCCAGCUGCGGCAGCAGCUGCCAGAGGCGGAGCAGGCUGCUGGGGAGGCGGCUGCCGCCUGCCGGGCCACACAGGCGCAGCUGACCGCCAGGCAGCAGCAGCUGGGCGAGACUGCCGCCGCGGUGAAUGCCGGGCAGCAGCGGCUGGCGCAGCUGCAGCAGCAGGUGGAGGCGCUGGAGGCGGCGGUGUGUGAGGCCGCCGACAGGCAAGCGCUUCAGGAGCAGCUGGCUGCUGCCGAGGCGGAGGUGGGGCGCCAGCGGCAGCAGAUGGAUGCGCUGGGCGACAGCAUGCAGCUUCAGCAGGAGCACGCAGAGCAGGCUCUGAGUGCGGCCCAGGAGCGGGCGCAGAGCCUCGAGCAGGAGCUGUCCACUGUCCAGGGAGAACUCCGCGGCUGCUACCGGCAGCUGGCGGUGGCGCAGCAGGCGGCGACCGCGGCAGCCAGCGAGGGCGCGCAGGACCGGCAGCGGCGGCAGGACGCCGAGCACCGCCUGGCGGCGGCGCAGCAGGAGGUGGAGAGGCUGCUGCACGAGCCCUCAAACAGUCUGGAGCUUCGCCUGCUGGAGGCAGAGGCAGCGGACCUCCGCUUCAAGCUGCAGGCCGCCGAGGCGGCUGCCACAGCGGAGCGGCAGCGCACUGCAGCGGCGGAGCGGGACGUCGGCGCGGCCCAGCGGGCGGCGGCGGCUGCCGAGGAACAGCUGUCAGCGGCUGUCGGCAGGGUGGAGGCGCUGCUGAGUCAGCAGGAUCUGGCGGCCGCUGAGCUAGCAUCUGUCAAGGCCGACCGCUCCCGCCUCCACAUCUCUGUGUCAGAGUUGAAGCAGCAGGCACAGCAGCUGCGGCGCAUGCUGCAGCAGGUUCAGGGGGAGAAGGAGGCGGCGCAGGGCUUUGCCAGCGCACUGGAGAUGCAGCUGGAGGCCCUCCAGGACCGGCUGCAUAUUGCUGAGAUGCAGCGCCUGCCGGCCCCUGCCGCCAUCCAGCCCGCCUCGCCGCCGGCGCCAGCCCUGGCAGGCGCUGCUGCUGCCGACGAGGAGCUGGAGCUGCUGCGGCAACAGCUGGCGCAGGCGCAGCAGCAGAACAGCACGCUGCGGGCCACUGCGGCGCGGCUGGGCAAUGCACUCGCGGCCGUGAUGCAGCGUUCGGUGGGCGGGGGCAGCGGCGGAGCCCGGGGCGUGCCGGAUGGGGCUGCGGCGGCAUCCGCAGUGCUGGCGCAGCUGUCGGCUGCGCCGGCCUGGUUGCCCGCGCUCAGGGCGGCAGCAGCAGGCUUCAGCACUGGCCAGGCGCCCUUGGCUGCUGCUGCCGCCCUCCCAUGUGCCGCCACUGAUGGCCAAAGCAGCCUCACCAUUCCCCAGCAUGCCGACUUGAGCAUGAAUGCCACCAGCGUCGAGGCAGCAGCCCCGGCCAAGCCGCGCCCCAGCAGCAGGUCGCCCUGCCCACCCAGGCAGCGGCGGCCGCUGUGGGCGCCGCGGCAGGCUGCUGCCGCGCUGGACGGCGCGCGGCCGGCGGACGACGACCGGCUGCUGAGCGCGCUGUCGUUCGCCGCCAGCAUCCGGGAAGCAACCAGACUGCUGCUGGAGAACAGGGCAGCCGUGGCCAGCCACCACCUGCUGCGUGCAGUGGCCCGCAUGGGCCACCUGCAGCGCUGGGCGGGCCACGCCCCGCCGGCGCCUGCCAACCGCGAGGCCUUUGCCGGCGCGCUGGAGGUGGCGUUCGAGAUGCUGGCCAGCGAGGGGCGCCAGCUGUCCGGGGCAGACAGCCGGGCGGCGCUGGAGGCGUCUGCCUGGAUGCAGGUGCCGCCCACCCCGCAGCAGCAGGCGGCCCUAGAGGCGGCGCUGGUGGCAGGAGCCAGCGAUUGGGAUACCAUUCGGAGCGUCCACGACUAUGAAGCGGUACUGGCCAGCUACCUGCGGCUGGGCCUGCGCCCAGGCAACGAGCUGGCAGCACUGCUGGAGCCAAGCUGCCUGCCUGGCGGCGAUGAGGCAAGUCUCCCGCGCUUUGGCCGCAGGCUCGGCGCCCGGCUGCCACCGCCCGGCAGCUGCCGCUGGCGCCGCGUCGCUGCUGCCGACGCGGAGGCUGAGCGGGGGGGGGAGGCAGGCGUGCCACACGAGCAGCACGGGGAGCAGCAGCAGCAGCAGCACGAGCAGCAGCUGCAGCAGCAGCAGCAGCAGGAGCAGCAGCAGCAGGAGCAGGCGCAGCAGCAGCAGCAGUGGAUGGAGCAGGGGCGUGGCGAGCGGGGCGGAGGGGUGCGCCUGCUGGAGCCUCGUGGGCUGACGACAGAGCUGAGGCGGGCCUCCAACUUCCCGCGCCUGCUGCGCCUGCUGGUGCUGCACGACGGCAGGCUGGAUCACAUCCACUGCCUGACCGCCCUGGCCUCCAUGGUGCGGCUGCGGGGCGGGGUGGAAACGUCCAGCCUGCUGGCGCUCACCCGCCAGCAGUGCUUCCACCGCGUGUGCGACCGCGCGCUGGCGGGGCUGCACAGCGUUCGCAGCGUGGCCAGCCAGCUGCUGGCCGCCGCCCAGCUGCUCAGCCUGCCCGCCGGCAUGGGCGUGCCGCUGGGCGCGGCGCAGCAGGCGGCGGUGGAGGCCGUCGUGGCGCGCGGCCUGCGCACGCCCCACGCCGGCAUCGGCCCCGUGCUAAAGCUGGCCCGGGUGUGCGGCCCCGGCGGCGUCGACCUGCUGCCCGGCAGCCCCGUGCCGGCCGCGCUGCUGCACGCUGCGGAGCGGGUGCUGCCGCAGGUCACCCGCUGCCAAUUCCUGGCCGACAUGCUGGCGGCCUGGCGCCACCGCGGCUGGCCCGCCUCAAGGGCGCUCGUAGAGGCCGCGCAGGCGGGGGCGCUGGCGGUGCUGCGCGCGCCGACGCCGCCACCGCCUUGCGAGCUGCUGCCUCUGCUGGAGGCCUUCACCGAAUGGGGCUGGCUGCCCGGCGGCGAGCUUGCGGCGGAGCUGCGCCAGGCGGUGCUGCUGUGCCUGCCGACGCUCGACGCCGCCUGGGUGUCCUCCGCGCUGUCGUGCUGCCGCAAGCUGGGGCUGCUGCCGGAUGAGCGGCUGCAGUGGGCCUUUGUGGCUGCCGCGCAGGCAGUGCUGCCCGGCCUCGGCCCGGAGCCAGCACUGGCUCUGCUGGCCAGGCUGCUGAUGCCGCUGGAGCAGCAGGGCUGGCAGCUCGGCACGGCACCGCCCGCGGAGCAGGAGGCCAUGCGGUUGCUGCUGCUCCAGCUUGGGCAGCCGCUGGCCGGACUGCAGGGGCUCAGGGUGCCGCCCAAGGAGGUGCGCAGCCUGCUGGGCUCCGUGGCACACUGCCUGCACCUGCUGGCAGCGGUCGGCGCGCGACUACCAGAGCCGGAGCUGCAGGCUGCCUGCGCUUUCCUGCGGCUGCACCAGCGGCAGCUGUCCUACAAGCAGGUGCAGAGCCUGCGGUACGCUUUCGAUGCCUGGCAGUACGAGGGGCACGGCCUGAAGGACCGCCUGGAUCGCCCGCGUUGGCAGCCGCUGGCCAUCAAUGCUGGGUCUGCCGAUGAUGCGGCGGAGAUGGUGAUGCAGCAGUGA